AACCGCCUCUCUUUCUGAGAAUAUGUCUACGAGUUCAUCUCAAAGAUUGGCUCCUGAUCAUUCUGUGACUGCUGUCUCACAACCAGAAAGUUUUGAUGACCAAGAGGAUGAAGAUAUGGAUGUUCCAGAAAUCUUAGAAGAGAUUAUUGAAAUGCUACUCUCUGGUUUGAGGGACACGGUAUGUUUAAAGGGACACUGUGGUUCGUUGGUCUGCUGCAAAGGGUAUAGGUCGUGUAACUUCACGACUAACAUCUGUUCUGUCUGAAGAGGUGUUAUCAUCUGUAUUGGAGCUGUUUUCACCAG